AUGCCUCCUUAUAUGGUAUUACACCCACAAGCUAGAGGUAAAAUACCUACGCCUAUCAUUAAUUCAAGACAUGCGAAUGCUGACUUAUUGAAGCGUGCUCCAAGAACUUACUCUAAGACUUACUCCGUCCCAAAGAGACCUUACGAAUCUGCUCGUUUGGACUCUGAAUUGAAGUUGGAUGGUGAAUACGGUUUGAAGAACAAGAGAGAAAUCUACAGAAUCGGUUUCCAAUUGUCCAAGAUCAGAAGAGCUGCUCGUGACUUGUUGACCAGAGAUGAAAAGGACCCUAAGAGAUUAUUUGAAGGUAACGCCUUGAUCAGAAGAUUGGUCAGAGUCGGUGUUUUACCAGAAGACAAGAUGAAGUUGGAUUAUGUCUUGGCUUUAAGAAUCGAAGAUUUCUUGGAAAGAAGAUUGCAAACUCAAGUCUUCAAGUUGGGUUUGGCUAGAUCUAUCCACCACGCCAGAGUUUUGAUUUCUCAAAGACAUAUUGCUGUUGGUAAGCAAGUUGUCAACAUUCCAUCUUUCAUGGUUAGAUUGGACUCUCAAAAGCACAUUGACUUUGCUCAAAACUCCCCUUACGGUGGUGGUAGAGCUGGUAGAGUUAAGAGAAAGAACGCCGGUAAGGGUGGUGAUGAAGCCGCUGAAGAUGAAGAAUAA